AUUUAAGUGUCAAGGGCUCUGGUGUAAUGGAGAUAAGGUUGUAAGGCCACACUUAAAGAAAGAGCGGCACAAUAAAAUAAGAUUGAAAAGAUUGAAGAUCGGCCACAAUUAUUCAGAAGUGGGAUCAACCUAAAAUAUCGCCGACAAAGUGAACAAUUUUUAUAUUUGUUAAUUAACACAUAGAACAAUGCAAGAGAUAUGUGCCGAUGAGUUUUCAACGUCUGUGCGUUUAAGUGAAAUUCCAACUGAAUUCCGCGGCGAGUGUCCAUCAAGAGAACAUGCUGCAGCGGCGCUCCAAAAAAUGCAAAGAGGGUCGCUAGAUGGUACGGACGAGCAAGAAGUGGGUCCUGGCGACGGCGGUGGUGGCGCCGAAGAUCCGUGCAGGGCAAUUGAAACACGUGACGAUGGGCGUAGUGCAGACGGCGAUAAUGGCCAGGGUAGAGCAGAGAACGAACUGAACAUGCUAAAACUACAGUUAGAUAUGCUGAAGCUCGAAAAUGCAAUGCUAAAAAAGAACGAGAAAGAGAGAGAAAAGAGAAAUGAAACACACGAGGCCGCGGGCUUAAUCAUCAAAUCAGGCAACAUGUUGAUAAAUGUUGUUAAAGACAUGUUGCCAGCGUUUGAUGGGAAGAGCCCUGUAAACAUUUGGGUUGCGCAACUGAAGUCUGUGGCCGCUGUUUAUGAACUUGACGACAUGUUGCGAAUGCUGCUAAUGGCGAAGCUGAGAGAUGGCGACCAAAUGUGGCUGCAUGGUAACACAAAACACCUGAUCAUGCCCAUGAACGAGCUACUGGAACUAAUGUUGACGACGUCGAAAGUUCCAAGCGCGCAAGUAUAAGACAGGUGAAGAAUUUCUUGAGUAUUUCAACGAAAAAAUGCUGCUAGGUUCGCUUAUCAGCAUCGAUGAGGAUGAAUUAACAGAGACUAUAAUAGAAGGGAUACCAGAUGAACAACUACGGCGCCAAGCCCAAAUCCAGGGUUUUGCGCAGGCAUCACAAGUCCUACAUGCAUUUAGGACCAUAAAGCUGUCGGGACACAAGCCGGAACGUUGGAUCAAGACUGCAGAACAGAAAUCUGGUACAAUGGCGGUGCGCUGCUUCAACUGCAAUUCACUGGGCCAUUUUGCUUUGGAGUGCCUGAAGACAAAGCGGGAACGCGGAGCCUGCUAUGGAUGUGGAAGUAUGGACCACCAGAUCUCCCAUUGCACAGAAAAUAAACGUGCAAGUCAUGAAUAUAAUGUCUCAUCGAUUCGGGGAGCCCAAUAAGCUUUGUGAAAAUUUCGUGCCUGGAAAGGAGUAUUGACAAUGAAGUUUAUAAAUGUAAUUUUGAAAAAUUGUUAAAACGUUGUUUUGGUCCACAAAUAGAUGAAGGAUAUGUUUAUUUUGGUUUAAAUAAAAGUAGAUUAAAUGUUAUUGCAAAAAUUAAGUGCUAUGUUGUGUUCAGCAAUGAAAAGUAUGAUUUUGAAAUGUAUGUUGUGCCAAACGAAUCGAUGGGAUAUGAGGCAGUACUGGGAAGAAAUUUCAUGAAAAUAUGUAAAUUCGAAAUAGUAAACAAUAUUGCUACAGAUAAUUUUGUAAACAUUGACCAAAUGGAAA